AUGCGUCAGACAGCUGUGGAUCAAACCGCCAUCUGCGCGGCAGCGUGCGGUGACUCGAGCACCCAAUGCCAUGCUACGUAUCUCUCAGAGAAUAUUGUCGGUGGCCCUGGUGUUUAUUAUUGCUGCACGGGAGACUUUCUAGUGGCUGGUGCAGUCGGUUGCAUCUGCGACGACGGUCUCGACUGCAAACGCGUGUCCCAGGAGGCAGUCGCGAGCCCGUCAGUAACAAGCGUGACGACGCCAAUCGCAACACCAACACCUUCGCCGACGCCAACGGCAGUUUCGAUACAGUCGAGCGCUCCGGUGGUAACCGCUGCUCCUGCGACACCUGUUGUUAUCGUUGUGGUGGAGACGCCGGUACCGCCGCCGCCGUUCGUUACACCAACGGCAGCACCAGCGCCGACGCCUACUGCUGUGUCCUCGGCGGUGCCGCCCGAGACCGCAGCGCCCCCGACAUCAAGCCCGUCCAGCGCAGAGCCGUCACCGAGCUCGUCGAUCCAAGCACUUGGCCUGCGAGCCCUCGAGUACACAAACCAGUUCAGGGCUGAGAACGGACUCGGACCUCUCGGCUACAACCAGGGCCUCUACGUCGAGGCGCUGGCCUGGUCCCAGUACAUGGCUCGCACAGGCGUCUUCCGUGACCAGGACCUGAGCCAUCCGAUCGUACCUGUACCUGCAGGUAUUGUGUUCAGCGGUGAAAACGUCGCGUUUUUCACGGAAGCGGAGCAUGUGGCACACGAGUGUAUCAACUUAUUUAUCAGUUCGCCACCGCAUCGAGCGAACAUGUUGGGAGACUACGAGCUCUGCUCGGUAGCUUUUGCCCAGAAUAGCGCCGGUGCCUGGUACUGUACCCAGUGUUUCGGCAAUAUCUUCCGAACCGCCUGA